AUGUCCGGGAGCUGGCGUGGAAAUAGAGGUAGAGGUAGAGGUCGAGCUAGUCCUGUGGCAGCCACACCGGGGACCACCGAAAGUGGCCAAUCACUGGAUGGGGUCUUUCGUGCUUUAGGUGACAUGGCAACCAUUCUUGGACAACACAUUCGUCGUGAUAAUAGAGGAGCCGCCCAAGUUGUGCAGGAUGGCAUUGGGGGCUUAAUAGAGAAAUUUAAGAGAUUGAAGCCGCCUACUUUUGAGGGUUUAUCGGACCCUAUGGAGGCAGAAAAGUGGAAAAAGCAAAUAGAGAAGAUAUUCACUGUUUUAGGAUGUGAUGAGGAGCAGAAGGAGCAAAAAGCAGAGGAAUUCAUAAGCUUAGAACAGGGGGAGAUGACUGUAGGCCAGUAUGAGUCUAAAUUUACUGAAUUAUCCCGUUUUGCCCCAUUUAUGAUUCAGGAUGAAGCUCGCAAAGCUAAGAAGUUUGAACGAGGUCUGAGAGGGUCAAUUCGUAACAAGUUGACUCCACUUAAGCUUAGAUUGUAUGCCGAUGUAGUAGAGCGGGCUCUAAUGAUAGAGCGAGACAACGAAGAAUUCUGGAAAAGUCGUAACCAAAAGAGAGAAGCGAAGAGCAAUGCUAGGGCUGCAUCGAAUACAUCUCAAACACAGGGUGAUGCUUCUAAGAAACUAAAGACGAUGGUAACAAAUACCUCAACUCCUGCUCAGCCAAUGAACCGAUUUACGGGUAAAUGUUAUAACUGCGGAAUGGAGGGUCACUCUGCGCGUUUUUGUAAACAACCACCUCAGCAACCACAUUAUCAGGCGCCCCCGCAGAUGCACCCGAGACCUCAGCCAUAG